AUUACCUGCAAUUACCUACACUUAAAAGUUUUCCUUGGCAUCCGUUGUUUGUUCGCGCCAUAUAUAAAAAAUGGCGAUUUAAUUUGUUGUUAUUCACAGCAUCAGAAUUAUUACCAUUAUCUCCCACCUCUGGGUAUAAGAAGAUCUUAACUCUAAGUAUAUUGAGGUGUUAAUAAUUCUAUUUAAUGUACAAUUUGCCAAUUGUGCCAUGUAUACGGUCAGUACCAUUGUUCAAGAUUCUACGAACCUCUCUGUCUUGCCAAUUCAUGAGCAAAUUUGCAAAGCAAUUGAUAAAAAUACUGGAGAAACUUGCGGCGAAACAGAAAGCUUACAGAUUCUCAAUGAAUUCCGUAAAUUGUAUGAAGCUCGUAUUGAAAAGGUCGAUUCGGAAUCAGCUAAUGAAUUCGAUCGUCUAUCGAUGAAAAUGAAAAUUAUGACAGAAUGGAUUAAGGACUUAGGAGAACAGAAUAUUAUGUUAGUUAAUACUGUACAAGAUCUGGAACAAACUGCUAGUGACAGAGUCAAAAUAUUAGAAGAAAAAUUGAAACAGUCGUCUAAAGUUGUUUCGGAUAAAAUUUUGUUAUCAAAUCAAUCAGAGGAGAGAUUAAAUGUACUCUCAAAUCGCAUCAAAGAACUAGAAGAUGAUGAAAAGUACCUUCAUCAAAGUAUUGAAUUUCUAUGGAUUGAUAUCAAAGGAUUAUUAGAAUUGCUUAAAAGAGCUCAAAAAAAUAAUUGUUGGAGUCUUGAUGGUAUAAAAUUCUGUUAUAUUAAUCCUAGUGAUAUUCCUACUCCUCUUGACUGUGUAUGCGCCCAACUAAAUGCAGAUGACACUAUAAAUUCAAAGCAAGCUGCAGAACAAGAAACUGAUGAUACAAAUAUUGAUAUGUAUCAAAUUAAAUUUGAAGAAAAUGCUGAGAUUUAUAAGAAAUUACCGAAGGAAGAAACUGUAACAACAUACGUUUCUGAUUCCCAGUAUCUUAUUAAUGAGGUAAUAUCAAAAUCUCAGCAAGCAAAUCAUAUUGUUGGAUCAUCAUCAGUUCCUACAAAUUCCGAUAAUAAUAUUUUCUCUCCACUGAAAGAUCAAAUCGAUGCUGAUACUUAUCUAUUGGAUAAAGAUCUUUUGAGUAAUCCAACUAAUUCAUAUCAGCAAAUGUUUAUAUCUUGCUUUUCCAAAACAAACUUGUUAUUACAAAGAGAAGAAGAACAACUUGAUGAUUUGAAGUCAGAGUUAAAGAAAAUCAUAUUACGCUUAAAUCAGACAAAUGUUGAGACAUGUGUGUGUGAGAACAAUUUUACGACUGCUUAUAAAAAGAUACAGAAUAUUAAAAAAAUUCUAAAUAUUUUAAAAACUUCGAAAGAUGAUAAAUCACAAACUGAAGAAACCAUACAACAUUCUAUAGCAAAUAUUGAUGUCCAAUUAAAAUACGUGCAGGAUGCAUUGCAAAAUGAAGAGCUUAAGCAUGAUACAGAUAAAAGUGUGGAUACAUGGAUGCAUGAUACAACAGAGAAAUUAAUAAAGAAUAUUGAAAAUAUUUUCAUAAUAUGUAAAGAAAAAAAAAAAGCAAUUGAGUUUAUAGAAUAUGCUACAAAUAAACAAAAUGAGAUACAAAGUAGAACGAAUAAUUGUAUCACAGAAAUGUCAAAGGAUACUAUUCAAAAUCCAAUUACUACUCAACAAUUUAAAUUAAUGGAGGAAUAUCGUGUAUGUACUGUUGAAGCUCAAGCGGCAACAGAAGAUAUUCGUGAAGAAAUUAGUACCAUUCUUUCUUCAUUCACUGCUCAGCAUCAAAAAUACACUGAAUUAAAAAAAAUGAUCAGAGAGACUCAAGAACAAUUAUUAAAAUUGCGAGAAACAGUAUUAAAAACUAUUAAUACAUUGGAAUUACAAGAAAUAGAAAGACCAAGACAUAUUGAACGAAUUGCAAUCGAGCAAGGAAAACUAAAAAAUGUACAAAAUGAAUUUAUUCGUGCCCAAUCUGAAUUAAUUAAUUAUGUAAAUAAUAUACAAGAAAAAAUUAAAGAAUCAAGGGAUAAAAAUCUACCUGAAUGCAUAGAAAUGUACACAUGCAAUGAUUUAUUAAACUUUAUGCUUGAUAAAGUCGAACUUGUAUAUAAUCAUGUUCAAGCACUCCAAAAUCAGAAUUGUUUUCUUACAUCAAAUUCAAUAGAAUUAAAAGAACAACUUUGCUGUACAGCGUGUUCCUUCCAAGAUUUGCAGAAACGUAUGAGUGCAAUUUUAAUACAUAAUGAAAUGGAUGAAACAAUUCUUUGUGAAAAAGAAAAAAAAUUAGGAAGACUUGAAGCAGAAAUUGAUAAUGCACAUACAAAGAUGCAAGAUACUUUGGAAACUUUCUGGAAUACGAUAGAACAGGAAGAUUUUAUGGAUCAUUCAGCGGAUUUACAAAGUCAAAGUCAGCCAAUUAAUGAAUUAUUAAAAGCAAAGGAAGAUAUACAUAAAUUAAGAACGGAAUAUGAUGAUUACAAGCAAAAAAUGUUACGGAAGGCAUGUCAAGCAAAAUCUGAUGAUAACAUAAAUCAAUGGAAAUGUCGCAUAAUAGACUUGGAGGAACAGCUUCGCAUUUUAAAUCAUGAGACUAAAUGUAAACAAGAAGCCAAUCACAUUCUGAAAAAUAGUCUUGAGUCAAUGGAGAAAGAAUUAUCUUCUGUAAGAAUGGAAGCAGAAAAUUAUAGACGCUCCCAUUCUGUUGAUAGUAUAGAGUACAAAAAAAAAAUUUUAGAAUUAGAAAAUAUAGUCAAAAUACAAAAGGAAGUAGAAUCAAAAUUAAGACAAAGUUUAGAUAACAGUGAAACAGAGCUUCAAAAGUCAAGAAAACUUUUGGAACCUUUUCAUAUAGAAUGUAGUCCAGAAGAAUUAUCUAUGUGUUGUGGAUACCAAUUUAGGCAAGAGAAUACAACCCAGCUUGUUAAUAUAUUACAAGAAGCAGUACAAUCUACAAAGAAUGGUCUUCAAGAUGUUGAAUGCGAACUUAAACUGCUGGUGCGUGAAGGAUCUGCUCAACCUUGUACCACAGUAACUUCGGUAAUGACAAUCAUAGAUAAAUUAAGAAAAUAUGAAGGACAAUUAAAAAAAUGUUAUGGAGACAUCGAAAAUCUUAGAAAUACAUUGUGUUCCAAAGAUAAACUUUUAGAAAAUAUGAACCAAGUAGUUAUGAUCCAAAAUGAUUCUAUAGCAGUAACACAAAAUGAACUUAAGAGUCUCUAUAAAAAACAACAGGAAAAGAUUAAUAUGCAGGACUUUAUUAUAGCUCAAUCUGAGAAGGAAAAAAAAGAAUUAUCGAAACAGAAUGAACUUCAAGCACAGACAAUUGGACAUUUACAAAAUGCUGUGGUUGAAGCCAAAAGAUGUUUAGAUAGUAUGGGGCAUAAAGCAGUAAGUGAUAUGAACGAACUGUGGAGUUCGAUUUCGUCUUCAACAUUCAGUCACGGGAAUGUGCAUGAUGUUUAAAUUGCUUUUAUGAACAUAUUGAACAAUGAUUUGAAAGUAUACUAAGAAGCAUAUAACUAUGUAUGUAUGUACUAAUGGUAAUUAUUAUUGUAAAUAUUUUUCAAAUAUUAUAAUUAAAACGAUAAAUGAGAUAUUU